UAAUCUCACUCGACCGUCUCUCUCACUCAGAAUCUCUCCAAACUCGUGUUCUCAAAUCUCAAACAAAAACUCAACAAACUUUCUCCGACAAUGGGUUGCGUUUCCUCCAACCUCCUGAGUCAAAGCGAUGACUUCUCUCAACUCGCCGUCUGCCACCACCACUUGGUCCAGCUUACUUCCUCCACUUACGGCCUUCUCAAUCUCGACCCUCCGCCUCCUCCUUCCUCCUCCGUUAUCUCCGCACCAGCAACACCCAUGACUCCGCCUGAGAGAUUCACCUUCGUCGGUAAGGAGCCAAUAACCGUCAAGUCAGAGCCGGAGGUUAUCAACUUCUGGGAGCUAAUGUCUGGUACUUGCCGGUUCUCUCCUCUUCCGGUGAAACGCAAUGUCUCCUCCGGCGGAGUGAACAAAGAGAACUCGGAUCCUAAUUGGAAAAACCCUGGAACUCAAUCCAACAACGACGCCGUUCUGAAACCGCUAGAUCCGAAAAUUGCGGAGGAGGAACCGGAGAAGCUGUGUCCUCCCGGCGACGGCGGAGAUAACCGCGUUGUGAUCUACACAACGUCGUUGCGCGGCGUACGGAGGACAUUCGAUGCGUGUAACGCCGUGAGAGCUGCGAUAGAGAGCUUCGGUGUAGUAAUCUGCGAGAGAGACAUUUCCAUGGACAGAGGGUUCAGAGAAGAGCUCACGAGUCUUAUGUCCGGAGAGUCUGUGCUGCCGCCUCGGGUUUUUGUGAAGGGGAGGUAUAUUGGUGGAGUAGAGGAGGUGAUGAAUUUGGUGGAAGAAGGUAUGCUCCGAGAUUUGCUCAGAGGGAUUCCGAGGAGGAAAGAUCGAGGCGGCGGUUGCGACGGUUGCGGUGGUUUAAGCUUCUUGCCCUGUUCUGAGUGUAAUGGAAGCUGCAAAGUGGUGGACGGAUGGGGAAGCGACGUUGUAGUAGUGAGAUGUAAUAAGUGUAACGAGAAUGGUCUUGUUCUUUGUCCGAUUUGCAGCUAAAUAUUAGUUAUAAUCUCUUAAACUGGAAUCGUUAGCUAGUACUACUUCUGUAAGAAAACUUCUCACCCUCUCUCUGUUUCAAGAUUAUGCUGGAUCAAGGCAAAGAUCUUGCUCCGGUAGAGAUACCUUCUUGUUAGAUGGUUACAUAAAAUCAAUACAAAAGCCUGUCUUCUUUGUUAA